CUGAUGAGAUGGAGUUGAUGAUCCACGCAGCGUGCCGCUGGUCGGACUGGAUCCAGUUUGAAUGUGGAUGACGCACGCACGCUGCGCGCUCAUGCAGCCGACGAGGAGCAGCAGCACCUCCGCUGGGAGGUUCGGAGGAGAUCCGAGGAGGAUGCUGCAGUGACACCGGCCGUCUAUUGUUCCGAUGGGUUGCGGAGGGAGCCGGGCGGACGCGAUCAUCGAACCGAGGUACCAUGAAAGCUGGACCAGGGAGACGGAAUCGACGUGGCUCACUAACACCGACGUUGAGACCCCUCUGCCCGCAGCCAGCAGUAAAACUCUGGAGGCCAGCAUGAAAGAGAAAAGGAUGGUGAACGCAGGAACACAGUGUGGCAAACAGGCGCUCAGCAAUACCGCGUCCAGCCACCAGAAGAGACCCCGGCGCUCUCUCACUGAUCAAACCACUCGAGACCCCAAAAGGAGAGCAUCAAAGGAGGGCUUAUCUAAAGAAUGCCAGACGGUUACCAGUGGAGAUCCAGAAGAUGGGAAAGAGUGUGAUGAAAGAUGAAGACACUUGCAGUGGAGACUGUACAUGUGGACGAUGUGCAGUGACAUCACGUGGAUGCCACUGAUCGCCAACAGCAUCAGCACCUGCCUAUGUCUCUGUUCCCACAAGUCGGGAUGCUGCAUCUGUGUUUCUGUUACAUGUGAGAAAUCCAGUUCACACACUGCACUGUGCUUUUUUCCUCCCAUCACGGUGCCAGUCUGGAAAUUUCUCACUGUGCUCAGUUCAGCCAGUUGUAACAAAAAAAAGGGAAAAGAGACUGUUCCACAUGCACUGGAUAAUCACAACCUGCGCGUCAAAUACUUUGUGUGUGAGGCCUUCGUAGAAAAUUGCUUUGGUAUAUAUAUAUAUAUAUAUGUGUGUG